AUGUCUGUUUUAAAAAGAACAACUUUCAAGCUUAUACAAACAAAAACCUCUCAUCCAAUGUGCAGGAUCCGGCGUUUGAGUGUUAAUAUGAAAGCUGCUCCAAAUAACGAAAAGGAUAAAAAUAAACAGACUCAUUUUGGUUUUGAAACAGUUAAUGAAGAGGAAAAAUGGAAAAAAGUGCAUCAGGUAUUUGAAACUGUAGCGGAAAAGUAUGAUGUUAUGAAUGAUGCUAUGUCACUUGGCAUACAUAGGAUUUGGAAGGAUAUCUUUAUGCACAGAUUGGCACCUACACAUGGAACAAAGCUUCUUGAUGUUGCUGGUGGAACUGGUGACAUCUCAUUCAGAUACAUAAAUUACCUAAAAAAUUUGGGCCCACCUCCAGAGAGCAAGCAAAGUAGUGUUACAAUUUGUGAUAUCAACCAGUCCAUGCUUGAUGUCGGAAAACUUCGUGCUCAAAGGCAAGGGUAUACAAAGGAAUCAUGCGGUGUCGAUAUAGAAUGGAUGUGUGGCGAUGCAGAAAACCUUUCCUUACCAGAUGACAGCUUUACGGCUUACACAAUAGCGUUUGGAAUAAGAAAUUGCACACAUGUGGAUAAGGUCCUUGAGGAAGCAUAUCGCGUGCUGGCUCCUGGUGGCCGGUUCCUGUGUUUGGAAUUCAGCCAACUUCCAAAUUCAACAAUGCAAUGGUUGUAUGACCAGUACUCAUUUCAAGUAAUACCAGUAUUAGGCCAUUUAAUAGCCGGCCAAUGGAAACCCUAUCAGUACUUAGUUGAAAGUAUUAGACAGUUUCCGGACCAGGAAAAAUUCAAGGGUAUGAUAGAGGAUGCUGGUUUUAGGCAAGUAACCUAUGAGAAUUUGACAUUUGGAGUUGUUUCCAUUCAUUCAGGGUUUAAAAUAUAA